AUGGAAAAUAAUUCAACACUGAACAACACUGAUGAAGGCCUAACAGUUCCUGGCAUAAAUCUACCAUUCGGCUUCACAAUAGAGUUGGCAGUCUUUUUAAUCCUGUCGGAGAAUUUUCUGAUACUGCUAACGAUACGUCUUCAAAAGAAACUAAAAGUUGUAGACUUGCUAAUUUUAUCGUUGGCCGGGUCAGAUUUUGUCAACGCUUUGCUGCCGUUGCAGAUUUUAAACAUUAAGGCUCAUUUCGUCAUCAGUCCGUGGCCCCAAUGGCUUUGUGGCACUUUUAUUUGGACAACUUAUGCGCUAAGAUUGGCAUCGCUCAGUACUGUUACGCUCAUGAGUAUCGAAAAAGCCGCGUUGCUCUUCCAGCCACUAAAAUAUUACACCCAGUUUACGUCAUCCUUGACGCGAAAGCUAAUUCUAGCCGCUUGGGUAUCUUCCGCCAUAAUAGCCACUCUUCCAGCAACGAUUAAGAACAAUCGAACGGAAAACAAAGACGUGUACUGUCGCUACCAGCCUUAUCAAUUUGGAUUGGGGUUUGGCGUGUUUGUGGAAGCUAUCGGCAUGCUACAUUUUGUGGUUGUCCUAGGAUCCUAUGUAGCCAUGGUGGUGUCGUCGAAAGGCUUUAGGCGGCGGCAGAAAUCGAUGAUGUCUUCCCAAAGGAGGGUAAUGAAGAGUAAAAAAGGUCGUGGCGAGACACAGGGGAUGUUACAAGCAAGACAGUUGUGUGCAGUCAUGGGUUAUGUUGUGGUAUUGUAUUAUAUAACAUGGUUGCCAUUUUUGGUAAGUUGGUAUACCGAAAGGUCUUCAUCUCUGCCAUUUUCCUUUUUCCAAUCAAUGUGGCCGUACAGGGGCCAAUAAAAUUUGAUUAAAAAAGGUUGAAAUCCUCACAAAGAUCAAUAUUGAACAUGGCAGUUCCCAAUCACAACAGAUGUGACAAAUAAAAGUCACUGAUUUGCAAUGAAAGCAUUGCUGACUGGUAUAGGAAGGACUGUAGCAGGAACAUUGUAUCUCAAACUCAUUAAUAAUUCAUGAGUAUAAAUUAGCCAACCAUAUUACUCUAUUUUGGUCACAUGAUAAUACUGGAUACCUGGUGAAGUUAAAAUUAAUUCAGUCCUUGGGUUGGAUCAAAAUGAAUUCACCUCACUUUAUAAAGUAGUGAUUUAUUCGUAUGAGAUGUCAAAUCAUCGUAUGGAUCAAUUUGCGCGGACUUGAGAUCUAGUCCAGUCCUCAUAGUCGGAUUUGAAAUAUUACUUCCAAUCAUGCUUCCCAUUAAGGUAGGCAAACUAAAAAAACAUUGUUUCCCCAACAAAUAUCACACCUAAGAAACAGAAUAUAUUUCUCAGUUUCUGAAUUUGUUUCUGGAAAUAUUUUUGCUUCGUAAUCGUGGAAGAUGUUGUCUCCGGAACAAUGUUUCCAUGUAUUUCUUAAGUUAACCAGGAAAAAUCAAGCUAGGGAGGAUCAUGAUUCUAAACCGCAACAAUUGUGUCCUAAUAUACGCAGGCCGAGGGUUUAACACCUAUUCAUCCUCUGUUUCAGAUCUACAACUUGCACAGUUUACUGACAAAGAGUACAGGAUACAAUCACAAAAUGGGUGCAAUUGUAGGAACGUGCUCUCUACUGGCUCCGAUACUAACUCCACUGCUUUAUUUCAAGAUGUUACCUCGAUACAGAAAAGGUGUUCUUAUUCUUCUGGGAAGAAUCCCUACUCUUGGGUCAGAAAGUAGAUCAAAGAAUAUUCACGGUAAGAAUUAAGUCCCGUUCAAACGAGGGUUGGUGUAAGAGUUGAAACUCUCGCUCGCCUUUCACCGCCAACUCGCAUGCACUGUCAUCGACUUUGAGCUGGUUUAGAUUUUGACGAGAGUUUAUGAGACUUUUUGCUCGUUUGAUCGACUGGUAAUAUUCAGCCAACUCUCAUCAACUCUCGUGCAACUCUUGUUCUCCUUUGAUCGGUGCGUUCCCAAUGGGGAGUUUAGGUUUGAGGGAAACGACAAAUGGCAGAGUAGAGAAAAAUAUGGACUCCCAGUCUAAAAUUUUUUGGCAUGUGAAAUAAAUCAAUGUUUUCAUGCUAUGUAUUUUUAUUAUUUUUAAACUUGUCUAUUUUACUACUGUCAGUACUGUGAACUUGGACAAACAUUUCAAAUAUAAACGUAUUUAGUCAACUAAAUGAUCUAGUAUAUAUGAGUUGUGGUAAGCAAAUGAAAUGAAAUAUAUCUAUAGAAUUUCACCUGCCACUUUUUUUUCGACUUCAAGUUCAAAUUUGUUUUUGCCUGCCAUUUCUAAAAUAUGGCCUGCUUUUGGCCAUUGGCAGCCCGCUAUUUCGAGCUCUGUAGAGUCGGAUUUGCUUUACAAAAUUUUCGUUUAAUUAAAUUCUGGACUUCAUAUUUCCUUUCUUACGUCAAUUUCAGUAUAUUUCAUUUUUACAAUGACAUGUCUUUUAUUGCGCUAAAGCGUAAAAUUCUUCUUUGCUCAAUCGACGUCUGUCGCGUUUUACCUAUACAGUAUGGACGCAAAGCUUAAACUCUCUAGGAUGGUAGUAGACAGCUAUGAAGGUCUCGGAUAUAUAUCAGUUUAAUUUCUAUUUUUGUUUUAGGGACAAGCAACUACGAAAUGUCGACCAGGACAGUUACUGCAUGUGCAACCAUGUCAUUGCGCAAAACUAACGCCAAUGCCACGGCGUUGUGCUAA